AUGGAAGCAAACACGGGCGCUGCGGGGACCCGUGAAGCCCAAAGUGCGAGCGCCCCCUGCUUUCCCGUGCCGCGGCCUCGCCUACACCUGCCGAUGGAAUUCGCACUGCCGCAGAGGGAGGCGACAUUUUGCACCUCCCUCUGUGCAUACCACGGCACCGGUGGCGGCUGUCGCGCUACUCCGGCUACCGCGGCUGCGCCGUUCACGAGCCCUGUAUCGGAUGCUGUUUCGCCUUCCAUCACGCCCACCACGGAGACCCAUGAGAUCUACUCGGGCCUCUUUCGCGAGAGCUUUGUGAACCCUUUCAACGGCCGUCUCGUCCGCACGACUUCCAUGACCGCCAAGAUGCUGUUUGGCGUCGGUUUCUAUCGAGGCGUGUCAAACCCGCUGCAGAUCGAGUGGAGUCCGGCAGAGUACAUGGUGGCGCUCCAGAAAAUUAUGUCAACUCAACAGCGGAACGCAGCGCGUCGACGGGAGCGACAGGCACAGCAGGAGCUCAGAGACGUGAAGGCCGCCGCCGCUGCGCCAAAGUCGUCCGCAUCAGCCACCAAGAAGGCGAGAGCAGACAGCUCACGUGCAAGGUCAUCUGCAAAGUGCAGUGUCUCUGAGGCAGCCCCCAUGCCAGCAGACGAGGCGGUGGCACAGGCACGAAGUCAGCUACUUCGGCCGUUCCUGCGACGUGGUCCCGACCACUGGACGGCGAGCGUGGCAAAGCUCCUCGAGCGGCACGACGCCUUCACGUACAUCAACAAGGAGCUGGGGGAGCUCUACGCCCGUUUGCGCGGCUCGUACAUGCCCACGAAGCUUGAUACCCCCGCGGACCCCUGCACAACGGGCAUGACGCUAACACCAGACCAGCGGCACGUGGUGCAGCUGGCACUGCGCGGCAUCAACUUGUUCAUCGGCGGCAGCGCCGGGACCGGCAAGACAGUGCUGCUCAAGUACAUCUACAGCGAGCUUUGUCAGAUGGGACUUCGGGUUGCCAUGACGGCCACAACAGGCGUGGCGGCCGUUCAGCUUGGUGGAUGCACCUUUCACCACGCUUUCAACGCGCCACUCGACACGGUGCCGCAUCGGUGGGACGCUAACGCGUUGCGCGCCGUCGACGUAGUCAUCAUAGACGAGGUCUCACUGCUGGACGCAUGCAUGCUGGACGCCUUUGACAUGGAAGCCCGACUGGCUCGCAUGGAUCACAGACCGUUCGGCGGGCUGCAACUCAUCGUGUGCGGCGACUUCCUGCAGCUCUCACGCGAGGACACGCUGCCGGCGUACGAAAGUGUCGUCUUCAAGCACUUGGUCGCGCUGCGCCUCGUCACUCCAAUGCGCCACGCUGCCGACGACCCACUUAUGAAGCUGCUGGAGGAUCUGCGGCGUGGCCGGUUCGACGCGGAGCGUUUUGCUGCCCUCGACAGGCCAAUACCACCGAACACCACGCACAUUACGUACCUUUUUCCUCGACGCCGCGAGGCACAGCAGCUCAACGAUCUUAAGCUGGGUGAGCUAAUGACACGGGAGAUGACCUUCACCCCUCAGCGUGGGCCGCUGCAGCUGUGUGGCAGCUUCACGCACUCGGCGUUGGUGGAGCUAAACAGAGACGAGAACGGCAUGCGAGCCGCCAUGCCGAACCGGGAACGCUUGCUGGAGUUGAUUCACGAGGAGGCGCAGCGCGUGCGCGCCGGUCUUCAUCGCAAGGACGGCGGUGAGAGGGAGCCUGUGCCGAGUGUAGCGGAUCACGAACUUGUCCUGAUGCCCGUGCGAGCAGCGGGGGCGCUGGAGACGCGCUUCAUUUUGCGGUUGCGGUGCCGCGAGCGGGAGCUGCACAGGGAUGAAGCGAGAGAUGGAGGCGGUGGCGAUGCCGACAGCGGUGAUGGUGGUGCUUCCACGCGAUCCUCGGCACUCGCUGCGGGCGGCACGUCAGUCCUCAUGGUCGACCGAACUCAUAGCGGUACCCUCGCCGCCGUCGCGGCGGAAACGUUGCGCAAGCCGAUCGUCACUGUCGCGACGAAGCGAACGCGCCGCGUCACAGCACCUUUCUCUGCCGCCGAGUGGGGAGGGAUCGCGACUGCCGUUGCCACGCGACUUGGCGGCCGCGUUGUCAGGAUGUUGGAGGAGGAGCCACCUUCUAUGGUGCCGCUCAGCGUGACCAUGACGCUGGCGGACAUGACAAGCUCCGAUGUUGCCCUCUGCCUCGCGCCGCUGCGACUAAAGUUGGGGUGCCGGGUCAUGGUGAAUCGCAACCUUUCACGCGCUGUGUCGAACGGCAGCGUCGGCGUUGUCGAGGCCUUUGCCCCGCCGGACGUGAGCCUCUUCCCGCGCCGCACCGACCGCGCGGUGCGCAUCAUCUUCCAGCGUGUGUGUCAGCAGAAGCUGUUUGCACAGCUCCCUGUUGUGCGCCUUCUUGAUGGGGAGGUGGUGCAGAUUCCGCCGAUCUCGAUCGUCCUCGGCGGCACGGCGCAGAGCUACUUCUACGGACACGAGGUGCUCACCAUACCGCUACAGCUCGGCUACGCCUUCACGGUGCACAAGGUGCAAGGGCUGACGCUGCAGGGCACAGUGGUGCUGGACUGCGAGAAGUUCUUUGACUGCGCGCACCUGAUCUAUGUCGCGUGCUCGAGGGUGCGGAAACUCGAUCAGCUGGUCGUCUAUCGCGUUCAGCCGAAGAUGAUCAUCGUGCGCCGCAGCGCACUGGAGUUCUCCGACAAGCUGCAGGACGCGCGCAACUCGGACGUCUUGAGGUCCCCACCUCCGGCUGCACGCUCCUCCUGGUGUAACCAUACAGGACAACGCGUCUUGGCUAUUUCCGCCUAA